UUUUCACUUCCUUGUUUUUUCUCUCCUGCCAGUGUCAGUUCCGCAACUUUACUCACAGUCAUAUGACGUCUAAAGAGUGAAGUCGGAUCUGUGUGCGGCACUGAAAUGGGAGCUUUAGCAGCCUUUCCUUUGCUUUUAUUGAUCCUGCAGAUCGGGGCCAAUAAUGCCAAAUACGAACCCAACUGGAAGUCCAUCGACUCCAGACCGCUGCCAGAAUGGUAUGACCAGGCAAAGUUCGGCAUCUUCAUACACUGGGGUGUCUUUUCUGUCCCGAGCUUUGGCAGCGAAUGGUUCUGGUGGUACUGGCAAAAGCAAAAGCAAAAGCCAUAUGUGGACUUCAUGCAGAGGAAUUAUCCUCCAGACUUCAAGUAUCAGGACUUUGCACCGCUGUUCACUGCUGAGUUCUUUGAUGCCAAAGAAUGGACCGACAUCUUCGCCUCAUCGGGAGCAAAGUACAUCGUUCUGACCACAAAACACCAUGAAGGUUUCACACUCUGGGGCUCAAAGAACUCCUGGAACUGGAAUGCGGUGGAUAUUGGACCACAGAGAGACCUGGUGGAUGAAGUGGUGACAGCUCUUCGCAAUAACGGUGACAUUCGUGUAGGGUUGUAUCACUCCCUCUUCGAAUGGUUUAACCCGCUCUUUGAGCUGGACGCUGCCAAUGUCUUCACUACAAACUACUUUCCUACCAGUAAAACUCUGCCUGAGCUUUACGAGCUUGUUGUCAAGUACAAACCAGAGGUGCUGUGGUCUGAUGGAGAUGGAGACGCGCCUGAUAAGUACUGGAACAGCACUGGUUUCUUAGCUUGGCUCUAUAAUGACAGUCCAGUACGUGACACGGUGGUGACGAAUGAUCGGUGGGGCAAUGGCUCCAUCUGCACACACGGUGGAUAUUACACCUGUUCUGAUCGCUACCAGCCAGGACACCUGCUCAAGCACAAAUGGGAAAACUGCAUGACCAUUGACAAAAAGUCCUGGGGUUACAGACGUAACGCUCCUCUCAGCGAUUACCUCACCGUCGAUCAGCUUGUGUCGACACUAGUGGAGACUGUGUCCUGUGGAGGAAACCUGCUGAUGAAUAUCGGCCCCACACACGAUGGAAGAAUCGCUCCGAUCUUUGAGGAGCGUCUGAGGCAGAUUGGUCAGUGGCUGAAGGUCAAUGGGGAGGCCAUCUAUAACACGACAGCAUGGCGAGCUCAGAAUGACAGCCUCACUCCAGAUCUGUGGUACACGUUCAGACCCCAGGAAAAAAACAUCUUUUCCAUCUUACUCAAGUGGCCAAAUAAUGGAUCAGUGAUUCUGAAUGAGCCAGUGGUUACUGGGCAAACUCAGGUGGUGCUUCUUGGUUAUGGUCCUCUGAAGUGGGAGCCUGUAAAGCCCAGUGGGCUGCAGGUUUACCUGCCCCAGCUCUCCUUUAGCCAGAUGCCAUGCCAGUGGGCCUGGACACUGAAGCUGACUGGUGCCACUUAAAGGAAAAUCACAUCACUUGAAGAGGAACUGAUGGAGCAGAAAGGAAGGAUUAUACAGUGGCUUGCAAAAGUAUUCGGCCCCCUUGAACUUUUCCACAUUUUGUCACAUUACAGCCACAAACAUAAAUCAAUUUUAUUGGAAUUCCACGU